AACAGACGGACAUUGACGUAGAAACUCUAGUCUAUGAUAUUUUGCUAAUACCAUAGACAGGUCAACACUCAACACGCAUCAAAUUGAAUUUUCUCCCUCAUCCCGAGGCAGAAUUUCCUCCCGUCAAGCGUGGCUAAUCAAGGUACCAAAAGAAAAAUGAGCAGCUCUGAGGAGGUAUCAUGGAUAAGUUGGUUCUGCGGCCUCAGAGGAAACGAAUAUUACUGCGAGGUGGACGAAGACUACAUAAGUGAUAAGUUCAAUUUAACAGGUCUUAAUGAACAAGUUCCACAUUACAGGCAGGCCUUGGAUAUGAUAUUGGACCUAGAACCAGAUGAUGACUUGGAAGAAAAUCCAAAUCAAUCAGAUUUGGUGGAACAGGCUGCAGAAAUGCUCUAUGGCUUGAUUCAUGCACGUUAUCUUUUAACUAACAGAGGUAUAGGCCAAAUGUUGGAAAAAUUUCAAACUGGAGACUUUGGUAACUGCCCACGUGUUUAUUGUGAAUGCCAACCAAUGUUGCCUAUUGGACUCUCAGAUGUCCCUGGUGAAGCAAUGGUUAAGCUGUACUGCCCCCGUUGUAUGGAUGUAUACACUCCAAAAUCUUCCCGUCACCACCAUACGGACGGUGCGUAUUUUGGAACUGGUUUCCCACACAUGGUGUUUAUGGUACACCCAGAAUACCGCCCACGAUGUCCCACGUCGGAGUUUGUACCCAGACUAUAUGGGUUCAAGAUCCACCCGGCAGCUUAUGAGAUUCAGACACAAGCAGCUGCGGGACACAAAUCACUUCGAACUAUGGCAUACAACAAUGGUAAACGCUAGGAGCGACCCAGGCCACGACCCCCGCCUACGCGACACUAGCAGUUGCUAUAAAUAACGGAUGACCAUUGGUUACUGUCAUUUAUCUUGAGCGUUGACUUGAGAAACGUACAGACUUAAUGGUGUAAAAUUGAAAUCUGACAAGUUUAGAUUAUGAGUUGACUUGCCAACUAAGGAGUUAACAAAGUAUGGAUAAAAAAUCAACCUUAGGCAAAUAAUGGUGACGGCAGUCAAAAUCAGUGUCAAUAGGUAUUUGCCAUUUGUUCAUAAAUCUGACAAAUCUAAAAUAUGCCACAAUGCUGCAUAUGAUGUGAAAUGUGGCAGAAAGUAGAUUUUUUAAAAAAUUAUUUAAAUUAUGCUCUAUUUCUAAAUUAAAGGUGCUUUGUUGUAUGUUAUAGUUUACUAAAUAACCAUGUGUCAGUAAUAGCCUCAUCUACACAGAACAUACAUACAUUAAAUACCUAAAAAAUUAUGUCAAAUGUCAGUUUCUUCAAUGCUCAAGAUCUGUGCCGUAAAUUUUAAUAAGUGACGUUAUACCUACUAUUUGUUCAACUAAUACAAAUAAUUAUUUAUUAAAAUGUCCUUGAAAAAAAUGCACAAUUAGAGUUAUACAUAAGUCUUAUCUUUCUUUACCCACCAAUAUACGUUUAAAGCAAAUCGAUUGUAAAUGUCACUUAUUUCUCUUUGGGUCAUCUGUCAUGUAACUUGCUGUCAACGAAAUCUAUGGGCGUAGCCGAAGGGAUUAAUAGAGAUUUCUCCUAUAAGUAAGAUAAGAAGUAAUUUUUUAACCUAUGGUGUUUGAAUAUUUUAUGUAAUUCUUGAUUCGAUUUUUCAACUUCGAUUUAUAAGUUUGAAUGAUCUGUCAAAUAGAUUAUUAAGACCGCGUUUUCGUAUAAAACGAACAAAUUUAUUAAUGAAAAACCGUAACCAAGCUACGCCCAAAUUUCUUGACGUACCGGUUUUUCAUGGUUCCAAAGAUAAAUCUUAGAAGGAGCCAAGUGUGAAAUUAAGAAUAGAACGUUUGAUUCUUAUCUAUAAAUGAUACUUAUCUAUUUGCCAGGUGAUAUGGUGAAUUUCCAUAGAUAAUAAACAUGAUACAUCAUUAUUAUAAAAGCGGGGAACGUGGUCUUUCAUCUGUAUAAUUAGACAGUAUUUCGUUGUACUCAUUGUUAUAGCUAAGAUCAUUUAAACCGUAUUUAGGCUCGCAUUCUAAAGUAUUUAUAGCUUUGAGUAUUUAAAAUAUGUUUUAGAAUACGAGUUUAGUUACCCCAUUAAUAAUUAUGUCAUAUGUGCCAUACGGGCAUAUGGCACUUAAAGUAUCAGAUUUAGAUUAUCAUUUAGAUUUAAGCUAGGUCUUUGUUUUUUUAAUUGUUUCUACACUAAUAUUAUUAAAAGAUAAAUUUGA